AUGCGACCUUGUCCAACGAGCACCUUACAAAUGGAGCUGCCUUUCACAGGGAGAAGUCCCCAAAUUGGAAUCAAAGUUCCCCCAAACAGGCAAGGUCAAAGAGGCCCCGGUGUGCACUCCAGGAGACUUACCAAAUUGCUGGCGGGUGUGUUGCGAGGUACCAAAUACCCUCUUUCUGAUCCUCCAAAAGUAAUGUCUUCUCGGAGUGGACGUCUGGGCCAGUGCGGAGAAGAGAAAACGAAGGUGUCCUCAAGACAAAGAAAGCCUGGGCAGCUGCUAGAGCAACCUCUCCCCUACUCUCCACGGCAGCCUCGGGGUUCCGCUGCCAAGAUGGCGGACGGGUGGGGUCGAGGCCCAGUCCUACAGCAGGGGACCCCUGACACUCUGACCUCGGAGAAACCCUCCAACCUCCUACUCCACCGGAGGAAGCUGGCGUGGGGAGAAAUCCCCCAGCAGCCAAUCAAGCUGAGUGGCGCCGAGGGGCCGCCUGCCAACGAUCCGAUCCCGGACGAGCCUCCAGUAGUGUCCUUUGAUAAACAGAAAUUCCGGAUUUUAAAGCAGUCUGAAUUUUUAGUCUUUUCCUAUGUGAUUGCUAAUUUUUUAAUUCUGUUUAAGAAAUCUUUGCAGCUCAAAGUCACCAAGAAAUUCUCCCAUGUUUGA